GGAUGCGUUUGCAAUGGGGAAACGUCCCCUCUAGAUGGCAGAAAUGACAGCGGGACUGCGGCGCAGCCGGACGCCGCGGCGCAGGACACGGCGCUGGCCUCAGUCCGGUGGUCUCCAGCCACCGCCGGGGACCUGCCGCGUUGUCACCGCGUGGAAAUGCCCCACCGCUGUCCUCCCAGCCCCGCCAGCGCCCCGAGCACCACCCUGCGGGCUCCCGCCAGGACAGGGCAGCGAGGCGACCACCACAUCCCGGCUGCUGCUGCUUCGCGCUGAGACACCCACCAGCACCAACACCAGGGCUGUGGCCGGUCGUGCUGCAGGGCUUUUCCCCCAAGAAGGUCUCCGGUUAUGUGGUGAAGAGCCACAGAUCAGACGCACCUAUUUUUUUCCUGGCUGUGAAAGGGUCAACGCGGAGUUAACGCAACCCUCAACCCCAAAUGACGUUCUCCAUCGGUUUCAGCCCUGGAGAACGCGUCCAGAACUGCUUCGGAAACCUGAUGCCGGGUCAAAAAAACGUUAUAACUGAGUAGCCCUUAUGACCAACAUGAGCUGGAGCUUCCUAACCCGCCUGCUAGAAGAGAUUCACAAUCACUCCACCUUCGUGGGGAAGGUCUGGCUCACCGUGCUCAUCGUCUUCCGCAUCGUCUUGACAGCGGUGGGUGGGGAGUCCAUCUACUCCGAUGAGCAGAGCAAGUUCACCUGUAACACCAAGCAGCCCGGCUGCGACAACGUCUGUUACGAUGCCUUUGCGCCGCUGUCACACGUCAGGUUCUGGGUCUUCCAGAUCAUCAUGAUAUCCACCCCUUCGGUCAUGUACCUGGGCUAUGCCAUCCACAAGAUCGCCCGGGCGGCGGAGGAGGAGAAGAAGUUCAAGGGCUUCAAGAAGAAGAAGCAGUUUGCCUUGAACUGGCAGACGGUGCGCAACGUGGAGGACCCGAUGGAGGCUGACGAAGAGGAGCCCAUGAUCUCUGACGACACAGCAGAACGUGAGAAAGCCAAAGCCAAACCCAAGAGCAAAGAGCAACAAAAGCACGACGGGAGGAGGCGCAUCCAGCAAGAAGGACUGAUGAAAAUCUACGUCUUCCAGCUACUUACCAGAGCUUCUUUUGAAGUUUGCUUUUUGAUAGGGCAGUAUUUGCUCUACGGUUUUGAGGUAGAAGCCUAUUAUGUCUGCAACAGACUCCCUUGCCCUCACACUGUGGACUGCUUUGUGUCGCGGCCAACGGAGAAGACCAUCUUUCUCCUGGUGAUGUACGUCGUGAGCUGCCUGUGCUUACUGCUGAACAUGUGUGAGAUGUUCCACCUGGGGUUUGGGACCAUCCGAGACGCCAUUCGCAACCGGAAAAUCAACAGUUUUAGGCAGCCGCCCUACAACUACGCCUACGCAAAGAACAUCUCCUGCCCUCCUGAGUACAACAUGGUGGUGAAAUCGGAGAAGUCCACCAAGAUCCCCAACAGCUUGAUGGCUCACGAGCAGAACUUGGCCAACGUCGCUCAGGAGCAGCAGUGCACCAGCCCAGAUGAGAACCUCCCAGCAGACUUGUCCACCCUUCACAAACACUUGCGAGUGGCCCAGGAGCAGUUGGACAUAGCGUUCCAGAGCUACAGCAGCACCCAGGGCAACACGCAACCUUCUCGAACCAGCAGUCCCGCCUCGGGUGGCACGGUGGUGGAGCAGAACAGGGCCAACACCGCCCAGGAGAAACAAGGUGCUAAACCCAAGGGUUGCUUGGAGAAAGGGAGCUCCAGCAGCAAAGAUGGAAAGACGUCUGUAUGGAUAUAGCUUCGUCUAAAAGGAGAGAGGGCAGCGUAAGUGGGGUUUUGAUUUUGGUUUGUUUCUGGCUUUUGGUAUUGUCUUGCGUUCGUUUCACAGGGCACAGGCGCAAUUUUGAUGUGGAAAUCAAGAGAGAAAAGGAGUUUCAGACCAAUUUAGUGCUGUCUUCCAGUGCAUUAACAAAAGACAUUUCUUCCCUGUUUCCAACGCGUUGGGAACCUCCGGUGAGCAACAGAAAACUCCUCACGUCUCCCACCCCUUUGGACACCACCGGAGUCCCCAAUAGAGACUGGACAAUGUGCUGUGAUGGGAAAAGGAGCUGCUGGUGGCUCAGGAGCUGACAGCCAAGGCUACAGAGCUGUAGGUCAGGCAGUGUUUAAUUACUAAAUAUCCUUAAUCGAUAUUAAUUUCUGACCCCUUGAUGAGAAAACAACUGACAUAUUGCAUGCGCCUUCCAGACAUGCUCACAGCUGAUGUCCUGCCUGAAUUGUUGGAUGCUCUAGCAGGCAUCUCUGGAAACAAAGGUUUUGUUCGAUGCUGCGAGCAAUGAGCUGUGACCCGCAGGGGGUUACGGGGCAGAAACGCAGCAACUGUCUUACCCAGGGAGACCUAAUAUUUGAAGGUUGUCAUCUUUUAUUCCUCUGCGUCAAAGCAAAACAAAGCAAAUGCGACCAGAUGCUGCGCAGCAGGAGCGAGCAGUGACGUUGAGUCACACCAGUGCCUGUGUAGCACUUGCUACAGACCUGAUGGGAAUCGUCGCAGUUCCAGAGUUUUUAACAAAGCUGCUGCUUCACAUCAUCAGAAAGUGCCUUUACGCAACCCAGGAAAGCAAAAUCACAAAGGGUUUAGGCUUUUCUUUGUUUGCUGAAUAUUAGUAGAGACUGGAAGAUGAGUGUUGGGAAGUUUGUUUUACUGUUUCAUCAAACCCUUAUAAAUAGAGGCGGAGGGCGCGUAUAUGAUGUGUGUGUGUGUACAUGUACGUAGAUAUAAACACAUAUGAAAAUGUGUGUGUGAAUAUAGACAUAGGGAGAUAUAUAUAUAUAUAAAUGUAAUAUCAACCCUCUGGUAAUUUUACAGCCUUCCACCUCCCCUGGGAAAGCCCAGCUGGUCCAGGACUGUGGCUGAUCUCAUCCUGGAGCAGUUUUUGGGCUUCCAGCCUCGCCUGGGGAACGGGCAGGUAUUCACACGUUUGCUUGUGGGUCUCAGCAGAUCUGGCUUCAGUGGGGGCAGGACCAGGACAGCAGCAGCAAAGUUUUUCACUGGUUUAUGGGGAGCUUUCUUAGAGCUUGGCUUGGCUUUAGGGUGGUGCUCAUGCAGCUACAGGAAUCCGAGGGCGUGUUAAAACCAAGCUGCUGAGCUCUGAGGCUCGUGACAGUGCUUUGUCAGGCUGGUUUCAUCCCCGUCUCUUGCAGAGCUGCGGGGCUGUGGCUUCGUGUCCCUCCAGUAACACAAAAUAGAAAGAAAACCUCAUCACUGGGAGCACAGGGAGCAUCUCCUGAUGAAUGGUAGAAGUUGAAACCAGUCACUGUCCCGUUUUGCUGCAUCUCAGAGGGCAUCUCAUCCCUGCGAUGUUCCCACAAUGCCUGUGGCUUGGCAGAUGCUCCUGCAACCUCCCAAGAGUCCAGUGGUUGAUUCACCACCACGCAGAACCCAAACAGGCAGAGCCUUCAGGAUCAAACCUAAUGCAAAAGAAGUAAAUCCUCACCAAACAUAGCACUGAGCUGAUCCCUCAGGGAUGUGCCAGCCACCCAAAGUCACACAUAGGUCCCUGUGCCAAUAUUUCUUAUCCACUGGGCCUACAUGACUUCUUGCUGAGUAUCUUUCUCAUGUCCUUGAGCUAUGUCCCUCAAAGCCCUGAGGGUGCCUGUUCCCCAGGUGUCCAAGCCCUUUGGCCAGUCUUGGGAGCAGGCAGAGGACCUGGGUAUAGUCUUCAGCUCCUGGGAACCUCAGUUGAGCCUUGCCAUGCCAUUAGAGAACAGUGCUGGCAGCGAAAAAGCAGUUUAAAAAGAAAGCAAAGAAACAUCCUAGGAGGAAUCCAGCUGUAAGUAUUCAGUAUGGGUUUGUGUAACAGCCUGGGGAAUGUUUUCAGGCUCGUUCCUGGUCCUGCUGAAGGCACUGGUAAAAUGCCUGGUGCUCUGCCUGUUCCUGUUGCUAGUGAUCUUCCCCUCAGAAAUGGACCACUGCAUCCAGGAUGAGGAUCAGGCCGUCCCCCCAGCAGCCAUGGUCAGUCGUAACACAGAAAGGGUUCAGAAAGUUCAUGGCAUGGUGGUGGAGAGACAAACAUAUCCAAUGGCACUGUUGGUCCUCGUCAGUGUGUGAGAACGUGGUCUCUCCUGGGCUGGGGCUGCGCUUGGUGAUGCAGGAGAGGCUGGUUGGUGAUGGUGCUGCUGUCACAAAGAUAAAUGCACAGGGGUCCACCGUCCUGUGCUGCUGGGGAGGAGAGCAGAGGUGCUGCUGGGUGGAAAUUGCUCCCUUGUAAUUUGCUCCCUCGUAAUUAGAGCUCUCCAGGGGACAAGCUUGUCACAGAAUCACAGAAUCCCAGAAUGUCACGGGUUGAAGGGCCCUGGAAAGCUCAUCCAGUGCAAUCCCCCCAUGGAGCAGGAACACCCAGAUGAGGUUACACAGGAAGGUGUCCAGGCGGGUUGGAAUGUCUGCACAGAAGGAGACUCCACAACCCCCUGGGCAGCCUGGGCCAGGCUCUGCCACCCUCACCAGGAAGAAGUUGCUUCUCAUAUUUAAGUGGAACCUCCUGUGUUCCAGUUUGAACCCAUUGCCCCUUGUCUUACCAUUGGUAGUUACUGAGAAGAGCCUGGCUCCAUCCUUGUCCUGCACAUCAAUGUGAUUUCUCAUUUACCGCCAGCCCUGCACCCCCAUGGGAAUCAGCCUGGCAAGUCACAAUCCCAAAGGAAGGAUGGAAAUUCUGAGGAAUGGUUAGAUCCCACUUGGGUUAUUCUGAUUCCUUCGAGAUGAGCAGUAACAUCACAGCCCCGGGUAACCUUGUCCUUCCCACGCAAUGCUGUGCAAGGGUCCGGAUUUAGGACCAGCAGCACCUCCCUCAGCCCCAGACAUGGCUUGAGCCUCUCCUGGUGACUCAGAUCAGUUCCUGCUGGCCUGCAGAUUCACUCGCGAGUCACCGAAUGCUGGGACAGGCAUGUGCCUCAUGCUCUUGCUUCAGGAAACCAUCCUGGCAAACACCUCACCCUGGGGCAGAUUCCAAGCCAGUAACCCCAGAACCUGAUUACAUGGACCUGAUUGACUCAUUAGACCCAUUUUAUGUAGCUACACCCCAUGCCCCAGUGACACAGCUGACAGGAGAUCACAGGGCUCCACAGCAGGUUCAGAGAUGCCAAGACCAAGACGGCUGGAAAGGACCAUGGGUCUUCUCACCAACUUGCCACCGCCAAACGCCUCCUUAACGGCUUACACAAACCCGUGGCAUCUCCUCUCCUCAGCAGACAUGGAGAGCAUCUCAUGCCUUUAAUGUCUGCAGGAGCUUUUGGGUGUCAGAAGGCUGUUUUAAUCUCCCCCAGAUUAAAUUCUGCUCUGAGUUAACUCCUGUCUCAUUAGUGGUUCUCCAAGGGCUAUUUUUCCAGCACGGUUUUCCUUGGUGUCUUUGAGCCACCACCAGCCAGUCCACAUCUUCCCAGCAGAGUGGCUGCACUGGCCCUUGGGCCACCUUUCCACCCAUCUGCCCCCUUGCUCCUCCCCAAAACCCCAUUUUCUGCAGGCGUGGGGAUUUCCCCUCUCUGCAGAUGUCUGUUUGUACAGCCAGGAUCUCCAUGCCCUUCUUCAGACUGUAUUAUUCUUAUUUUCACACCACGGACCCCGUGUAACACGGGGAGUUUUGAACGGCUGGUCGAUCCUGCAGCCUCCUCCUGGCUGGUGUCACCAUCACAUUUAAUACGCACAGACUGUUUUCCACAGCGAGAGUCAAUAAUUGCAAUAUUGACGAGUGCUAGAGCCAGGGCAGACUCUUGGGGGAUCGAUACAAGCUCCUCGUUGGGCAGAGACACAGGGUAACCGCUCUCUCAGCCAUCCUUCCAGCCAGCCCUGCUCAUCUGUUGGCUUUGAAAUGCUUCCUUGCCUAAAAUCCAUUGCGAAAGGGAGCUCAUCCUGCUUUCUUACAUUUUCCAAGUGUUUCGAAAGGGGCAGAAGCACAAGGGCACAUUCCCAGCAGGACUUUUCCAGUGUCAUGGACUGAAUGGGACGGAUGGAAAGUUGCCUGCAAGGUCGCAGUCACCCAGCGACUCCUCUGAACCUGGUCCCCAGUUCUCCCAGAUCCCUUCCGAGCCGCACACAGAAGCAAGGACGAGUUAGGCAGCCCUAGAAAUAGAAAGGAUUUUUAUUUUUAUUAUUAUUAUUAUUAUUAUGUAUACUGAGUUGCUCACUUCCCCCCUUCCUCCUCCACUCCUUGGCCUCUAAAGACUUUAGGAUAUUGUGUCUUUCCACUGAGUCACUGCCACAGAGGCAACCGACAUCCAUUAAUGUCUCCUCAGGGGCAACUCCUUUUGGGUUAGAAACAAAAACAGAGAAUCACAGGAUGGUUGGGGUUGGAAGGGACCUCUGGAGAUCAUCCAGUCCAACCCACCUGCUAAUGCAGGGUCACCAGAGCAGAUCACACAGGAUCAUGUCCAGGUGGGUUUGAAUGUCUCAGAGAAGGAGACUCCACAGCCUCUCUGGGCAGCCUGGUCCAGGCUCUGGCACCUCAAAGGAAAGAAGUUUCUCCUCAUGUUCAGAUGGAACCUCCUGUGUUUCAGUCUGUGCCCAUCACCCCCCAUCCUGUCAUUGGGCACCACUGAAAGGAGUCUGGUCCAUCCUCUUGACACCCACCCUGGAGAUAUUGAUCAGCAUCAAUAAGAUCCCUCUCAGCUUCUCUUCUCCAGCUGAACAGCCCCAGCUCUCUCAGCUUUUCCUCAUCAGAAAGAUGCUCCAGACCCCUCAGCAUCUUUGUAGCUUUUUAUCAUGUCAGUUUGGGAAGGAAAAGGAUAGGGAGAAGCAAAACAACCAUAACCAUAAUCAAAAUCCCCACCACAACCAUUACAAACUAAACCAGCAGCUGAAGGAAUUUCAAUCAAAUGACAGCGCCGGCCACGGAAGAAAUGCCCACAGUGUAAUUAAUGCUUUGCUGUUUUAUUUUUUACAAUUUAGUAGUUUUGUUCACACACAAGACGGGUUUAGCUUCGUAGCUGAACUAAUCGUAAUCGUAAAUGUUGACUCUCUUGCUAAACUCGGUCAAGAUAAAGUGCCCACACUUAUAUUUCUAUUCUUACCAUUCAGGGCUAGGAAUGUCCCACGUAAAAGCCAGAUUACCUUGUUGCUUGCUUGCAUUCCACUGGGAAAUACUUGAACUUAACUCAAGGCCAUAACCAGUCUGUGCUGUUACAAAGUUUCUGGGAUUGUUAUUUUUUGUUGUUCAUUUUUUUUUUAAUGUACUAACUGUAUUUGUACUAGAAAUUUUUUGAGUAUGAGGUUGAAUCCAUGAGUAUUUUGCAGUGUAAAUGUUACAUCUGGACUGCAGUUAGAAUAUUAAACACUGGUCAAAAGAGAAAGAUGCAUCAGUCCAACUCUCCAACUGGCUAUUCUACAUCCAUUACUAAUAAAACGGAAUAAAACUUACAUUUUGUUACAGUA